UGAUGCCCGGGCUGCUGCCUCCAGCAGAGAGCAGUGCGUGGUUGGAUGUGAGCGCCACCGACCUGUCUCUACUUCCAGAUCGAAGAUGGCGGUCUCGGUGUUCCCCGGCGUGCGGCUCCUCUCCAUCGGAGACGCGAACGGAGACAUCCAGCGGCACUCGGAACAGCAGCCCCUGCGGUUAGAAGUGAAGAGCACACAGGAUGCCGCCCUCAUCAAUCUCUCCAAUGGAGAGGAGGCGAGUGUGUUCAAGUGUUCGGUUUCCAGGGAGACGGAGUGCAGCCGCGUGGGGAAGCAGUCGUUCAUCAUCACACUGGGCUGUAACAGCGUCCUGCUACAGUUCUCCUCACCUGCAGACUUUCAGUCCUUUUAUAACAUCCUGAAGAACAGUCGUGGUCACUCCGGUGAGCAUUCGGUCUUCAGCGACAGAACAGAGGAGUCCUCUGCUGUACAGUACUUCCAGUUUUAUGGCUACCUCUCCCAGCAACAGAACAUGAUGCAGGACUACGUUCGAACAGGGACUUACCAACGGGCGAUUCUCCAGAACCACACCGACUUCAAGGACAAGGUGGUGCUGGAUGUCGGUUGUGGCUCAGGGAUCCUCUCCUUCUUUGCAGCCCAGGCUGGAGCCAGGAAGGUUUACGCUGUGGAGGCUAGCACCAUGGCGCAGCACGCAGAGGUGCUGGUGAACAGUAACCGUUUGGGAGAACGUGUGGUCGUCAUCCCGGGGAAGGUGGAGGAGGUGACGCUGCCUGAGCAGGUCGAUAUUAUCAUCUCAGAGCCAAUGGGAUACAUGCUGUUCAAUGAACGCAUGCUGGAGAGCUACCUGCAUGCCAAGAAGUUCCUCAAACCCAACGGUAAAAUGUUCCCCACCAUUGGAGACGUCCACCUGGCCCCCUUCACAGACGAGCAGCUCUACAUGGAGCAGUUUACUAAGGCCAACUUCUGGUACCAGCCGUCCUUCCACGGUGUCGACCUCUCUGCCCUGCGGGGGGCAGCAGUGGACGAGUAUUUCCGUCAGCCAAUCGUGGACACGUUUGAUAUCCGUAUUCUGAUGGCCAAGUCAGUCAAACACACAGUUAACUUCCUGGAGACCAAAGAAGAGGAUCUCUACAGGAUAGAGAUCCCCUUUAAGUUCCACAUGAUGCACUCAGGUCUGGUGCACGGCCUGGCAUUCUGGUUUGACGUGGCGUUUAUGGGAUCAGUGAUGACGGUAUGGCUGUCCACGGCGCCCACAGAGCCGCUCACUCACUGGUACCAGGUCCGCUGUCUGCUCCAGUCUCCUCUUUUCACCAAAGCUGGAGACACGCUGUCCGGCACGGCACUGCUGGUGGCCAACAGGAGACAAAGCUACGACAUCAGUAUUGUUGCCCAGGUGGACCAGACAGGAUCAAAGUCCAGCAACUUCCUGGACUUGAAGAACCCGUUUUUCAGGUACACAGGCACCACCCCAAACCCCCCUCCUGGCUCACACUACACCUCCCCGUCCGAGAACAUGUGGAACACAGGGGCGGCCUACAGCAUGAGUCAGGGGAUGGCUGUAUCAGGGAUGCCAGCAGCUUAUGACCUCAGUACAGUCAUCGGCAGCGGCCAGCCAGCAUCUCACAACAACCUCAUCCCCCUGGUGAACACAGGAAUCGUAAACCACACCCACUCCAGGAUGGGCUCCAUCAUGAGCACAGGAAUCGUCCAGGGAGCCACCACGGGGCAGGCGGGCCCCAGCAGCAGCGGUACUUACUACCCCGUCACCAACCAGUUCACCAUGGGGGGCGCCGCCAUCUCCAUGGCGUCUCCGAUGGUCAUCCCCAGCAACACCAUGCACUACGGCAGUUAAGACGAAGAGCUCGCAGACAGACGCCUCUUCGUCCUCCCCGCCCCCCUGCAUGAUAAAAGAUCCCCACCCCCUCGCCACCCUUCAACCCAGACCGACCCACCCACCGCAGCCAAAACCAGUAUACCAAAACCAGUGCUGAGCUGGCCCCGCCCUCCUCGUGUCCUUGUCCAGUCCAUCACUCUAUGAACGGUGAACGCUCUCGUAUCCGUCCACACGCUCGUCUGGCUGGCAGACGGAGUUCAUGGGACUGUAACACGUGCACAGAGACGCACUGCAGCUAUCACCCCCCUCCUAAACAUGUACCCCCUUCCCCCCUCUUUAUUUUUGUAUUAUUGUGUGUCAUCAACGUCCCGGUGUGCCGUCACACGGUCGCUCCGUGUUCCUGUAAACAGACUGCACUGAAGGACGCUCCUCAUUAGUACAGUAGGACCGUAUUAUCACUCAUCUCUGGGUGGCCAUCUUGGCUUUUCAUAUCCGAUCCAGUCUUCAAGACCUCGCCGUUCUUCUCUGUACAGACUGACUCACGCAGGACAAACAGCUGCUUCAAAUCACACAGUUGAACCCGUUUACGCCCGAUCAGAGGCCGACAUAUCACCAACUGAAGCCAUGGACAUCCUGAAGGAGCGUGAGGAGGAAAAAAAGCUUUACUGGGACAGAAACAGAGCCUCCUUCAGAGACGCCUGAACAGGAAGUCAGGGCAGGUUGUCACACGUCACCUUCAUGCUGGGAGAUCAUUAAAAACAGUUCAAUCACUCAGUACGUUUACAUGCACUCAGAAAAAGUCGAUUUACUUUGGUAGGAAAACUAAAACUGGACCUUUAAAAUUCAUGUGAACAUGUUUGAUGUAAAGGGAACUUCUCAAACACGCCUGAAUAAAACAGCUGGAAAUAGAUUAACUCAGCCAGACCCAAACUGGACUAGGCGUUCUGAGCAUGCUCCACAGCCUCAGUGUUGGGCUUCUACAGCAUAAAUACUAAUCAUAGCAGACGUUUCGUCCUCGUCUGCCUUCAGAUACAACCGUGAGCUACUGCAGUGGUUCUCACCAUGCUCAUCCUCAGGGCCCACCCCCUCCUUAUGGGGAAAUCUGGGACCCAUAAUGCAAAACUUUCCAUCCACUCAAAUGUAUUUACAGAGAAAUGUGGAAGUCUGGGUCUGAAACGGGGAGGACAUGCAUGUUUUUAUACUCUAUUUCCUGCAAAAGCAUGCAAGUUUGGGCUCUUCUCUGCAAAAAUAGCAGCUUCUAAUUGGAAAAGCAUCUUUGUGGACUCAAUGUGAUGAUAUGAGUAAGUCGAGAUCUUGAGAGAACAACCUGAAUUUCCUUGUUAACAUAGAACAGCAAAAUACAGUAUAUAUGGAUGCAUGUCUGCUUAGGGCUUCUGUACCUUUGACUCUUUGCCACUUUUUACUUCAAGGGAAGCAUUUGACUCUUCAAAACAGCUUUGUGACUCAUGUUUGGGUCCCAACCCAUCAGCUGAGAAUUGUUUUUGUAGCUAAAGUAAACCGUUAAGAGUCCGUAUGAAGCUGCAAUGUUUCUGUCCAUGUUUUCUGUUUGUCAUAAAACUGGAAAAAGGUCCAAAUGAACUCGCUGAAAGGCGGCUCACUGCCACCGACCCAGCGUAGUAAAGUCAGGUUCUCUUCCAGGUCAGGGACAAUAGUUGAAUAUCCUGGUAGCUGUAACUCGACUUCACCGUGCACGUAAACAUACUGAGUGACUGAAGAGAGUCGUUGUAGGUUUCUUGUUCAGGAGAUUUAUAGAGUGAUUUUAAAGCUGCAUGAAUUAAAUGUAGACUAAAACCUCAAAUCAGACCAACCGCCCAUAAAAGAUGAUUUUACUAGAAAGAGGAAAAGUUCUGAUGACUUUCAAGUAUUACCUCUUUAGUUGUGCUGAAUCUUUAGUCAUCAGUCUCUUUAGCUGCUAACAGCUGCACGAUAGGGUUGUCAAGAUACCAGGAUUUUAACCUUUGAUAGUCUUGUUAGGGAUGUACUGAUACCAGCAUCAGUGUCAGUGCUGAUACCGAGUCUAAUGUAUUCACAAAUUCAGAGAUGCCAGUCAAAUACCUCGACUUCAACGCCCCCUGAAGCAAACUAGGAGCCAAGCUCCACCUCCUGAGGUAAAUGGAAGGCAUCAGCACUAGUAACAGAUUAGUGAUGCUGUACUAGACAUCAUUUUACAGCCUCAUUAUCCCAGCAGAUAGGAAAGUUGGAGGCAUGUCUUCUGUCUGGAUGAUUAAAGUAGAGCAGGCUGUAAAGGAGGCAUCACUGAUGGACCAUCAUGCUCCGCCCAUUUCACUGUUUAACGCUCUCUUUGAACUGAGGAGUCUUCUCAAUAAAAUCUGUACUGAAUAUUG